UUUAUUCCACUUCUUCUGUGGCGUACAGGCAGAAGCAGAACAACACUGUACCACUUUGCUAGCAGUAACGUUGAAAUUUAUUUAGAAUCUUUUUCGUGAAAUAAAAGUAUUUCUCAAAAUGUUGGGUCAAAUUAGCCGACAAAGUGUAAGAAGAUUCGCCACUAGUGCAGUUCGAAAGUCUAGUCCAAACGAUGGAGUUCCUGGAAAAAAUAUCCCGUUCAAUAUCGAAAAUAAAUCUCUUUUAACACUUAAGUUCAUGAUAUUUUUCGGAAGUGGAUUUGCUGUUCCAUUCAUUGCACUUAGACAUCAAAUGCUUAAGGCAUAAGUAAGU